UCGAUAAUUUAGAAGCAAACCCAAAGCCGGUCGAGGCGGACGUGCGACGCUCGGUACGCGAGAUUUACUUUUCUGACUGUGCGUUGACGCCUGGUGUGUGUGUGCUGAGGUUUUUUUUUUUUUAAUUUUGUUGGUCAUCAACGUUUCCUCCGCUUGUAAUUUGAUUCUUUGACCAUUGCUACAAAAGAUAAAGGUAAAUUGUGGCUGUGUGUGCGCUAACAGCACAUAUUUAGAAAAGCCCUCAACAGCAAAGCAAUGAAUCCGUUACAAUUUCGUAGCUGUAAAUAAAAUCAGAUUCUGAACAAUUGCCGCGUGUUCGCGCCUAAAUGAAUAAGCAAAGCAAGUGAUCCAUAUGCCCAGAUACGCCGCAUUGGAAUAAAUUUUUCCAAUAAACACAAAUACAUAUAAGCCGAACAUUUUAACCUAGCCAGCAAGAGAUCGUAGAUGAAGGAACAGCAACUGCAGUGCAAGUCAAACUCUAAACGGUUUCGCAAUCGGUCGACAAAAACCUACCACGCAUCGUUCGCCACGUUGAGCUUGUUUCCAAAUACACGUAACUCUCGCAACCAUCCCCAUACUUUGGUGGCAGCAGUAGCAGCGACACUUCUCAGUCGCCACACAUCAAAUAGACGAAAAAUUUAGAAGCAGCGCAGCCGCCGUCACCUAUCAACGUUGAUGUUUCUCGCUCUUCGUGCUGUGCGUGCAUACGUUCGUUAUCCCUCUGUGUGGUUGUGCGUAUGCGUAGCUGUGUGUACGUACGUGCAUAUAAGGUGUGGUGUGUAUACAAAAUCGAUUGAAUCAACGCUACAGUCGCCGUCAUCGACGUCGCAGCCUCCGUUACGCGAUUUUCGACGCAUUUUUUGUGUGCAGGGUUUUCAAUUGCUGAUUGUUAAUUUCCUUUAUUUUGUUUUAAAUAUUUUCCUUGACCGAUUGAGUGUGUUGCUUUUUGUUUGUUUUUGUUUCGUGAAAGAGAUAUAUUUGUUUAAUGAUGGAUAAAUCAACCACAACGAACACGGCAAAUGCGAAAGCCACAACGGACGCCAACGUUAAAAACGAGGCAGCAGCAACAAAUGGGGCAGGGUGUGGCAGCAGUGGAGCCAUCGACAGCAGCAACAUUGGUAACACCAGCAUCAACAACAACAACAAGAACGAUGACAAUAAAAGCAACAAUGCUGGCAGGCAAACGUUUGCGCAGGCUGCGGCCAUGGCAGCCGCAAUGGCCACAACAAGUGCGUUGCUCAGUAGUACCAACAAUUCGACAACAGUUGCCAACAGAACUGGAUUGGGAACGGGAACUGGAAUGGAACGUAAUAAUAUGAUGAUUAACCUCAAUGUUAGUACGACAACUGGCGGCAAUUUCAGCGUCUGCGUCGAGCCCCACAUUAGCAUCGAAAGCUUGAAGAAGAUUAUAGCCAAAAAACUGAAAGUUGCCAAGGAUCGCAUAUGUUUGCUGCAUCGCGAGAAGGAGCUACAGGAUGGAACUCUCAGAGAUCACAACUUAAUGGAUGGCUCUAAGAUCAUUUUAAUACCAAAUGUGGAAACCGGUUUGCUGGCACAGCGUCCGGAGAAUACAGUUAUGCAAGCGCUGGAAUCCCUUAACGACUCGCAGGUGAAUGAUUUUCUCAGUGGCAAGACUCCACUCAAUCUUAGUAUGCGUCUGGGCGAUCACAUGAUGCUUAUUCAGUUGCAACUGAGUACUGUUAAUCCUGCUGGCGGCACUACUGCCUCAACGGCUGCCCUGCCACCUGUGAUGAGCGGUAAUAGCUCUGUUGGGCGCUGUAGUGGCAGUACUAGCUCUUCCCAUUCAGCAUCAAGCGGAGCCCUGGGCUGCGUUUAUCCAAGCAGCAGCGUUGGCUCCCAUGUGUCGCAUGCGCGCACCCGUUCCUCCAGCCAUCGACUGGCCAGCGGACGCAUUAGCAACGGCCAUGUGCACAGCCAUCAGCAUCCGAGUCUGCAGCACACCCAUAGCCAUCACCACCAUUAUCAUCAUCACCAUCACAAUGCCACGGCGAUGGCCGCCGGUAGCGCUGGCACACACCUACGAAAGCUCGAUCUGGAGCGCUCGGGUAACAACAAAAGCAGAAGGAGCACCACCACCGAAACCACUACCAUCAGCAGUGACAGCGACAACAGUAGCAGCAGGUUGAGUGCUGCUGCCGGAGGUAGCCUAAUAGCUGGUACUACGGCCGGAAAUGGUCGCGGACACCAUGCCAUUAAGACUUCCGAUCUCAGCUCGUUCCUUAGCAAGCGCGACUACGAGAGUCUGCAUAAUAUUGUGAAGAGUAUAGCACCACGGGCUGCAGCUGCGGCCGCUGCCGCUGUAACUAACCAGACGUCCAGGCAACCAUCAACGGCACAAUCAAAGCCGUUAUUGGAGCAAUCUCCAAUCAAGUCGCUCUCCAAUCUCGUUUCGUCUCCCAUCAAAACGACAGCCAUCAAGAACAUACACAUUGCCCAUGGCUCUAACAGUACCAGCUACUUACCUCCCAGUAUUGUUGGCCGUGCAUCGCCAACCAGUUGUACUAGCGGUGGCUGCCAGCAGGAUCCGAUAUCCGCAAAGCUCACCUCGUGCUUGUGCACACGCCUGGCAACAGCAUCAGCAGCAUCUGAAGAUACAAAAUCUACAGCAGCUUCAACACCACCGCCUCUACCACCAACAACAACCACAACAACAACAACAACACCAGCACCACCGCCACCAUCACCACCAACAUCGACACCACCACCAACAACAGCUGCUUCAAGAGCUUUACCCAAUCUCAAUAUUGGAGAUUUCAGUCGUGCAUCUAUUUGUUCUGGUACUGUCUCCAACUCCGGGUCCGGCUGUGUUGGGGACAAUUUGUUACAUAAGACGGUUAAUAAUCCGAUUACCGUUACACGCUCCAAGCAUAGACACCACCAUCACCACCACCAUCAUCAUCACCAUUAUCAUCAUGCCGCAGUUGCGGCAGCCGCAAGGCUCAAGUCUCAAGAGGCAAAUCUCGCGAAAAGUGGAACCCCAACUGCAGCUGCGGCUGGGACCACCCGCACUAGUAGCACCGCUGAGUUAGACGAUGCCGGCUUGACAUUAUCGGAUACCCGAACUCUAGCCGAGGCAUCGCGUAAUCUGACCCAGACUUUGAGGAAGCUCUCGAAAGAGGUUUUCACUAAUAAGAUUGACUUGUCUGGCGGUGGAAACAUGGGUGUUGGCGCCGACAUUGGGGGCGGUGAAGAAACACCACGCAAAAGUGGCUCCGGCGCUGUCAUUGAAUCGAUGAAGAAUCACGGCAAGGGCAUCUACUCUGGCACAUUCUCAGGCACUUUAAAUCCGGCGCUGCAGGAUCGCUUUGGCCGGCCAAAGCGCGACAUAUCAACGGUAAUACAUAUACUUAACGAUCUGUUAAGUGCCACGCCCCAAUACAGUCGUGGCGCGCGUAUCAGUUUUGAGGCACCAUCCAGUAGCAACACCAGCAUGAAGAGCAACUCCAGCAUUAGCAGCAGCAGCAACAACGGUUCGUCAAUUUCCAGCUCCAUUAAUACUUCUUGUGGCAACGCCGGCGCGGCCAAAACUGCAGCACCAACAUCAGUGCCCGUCGCACUACAUCAUAACGUGCGUAGCAAAUCGUACUCGACCAAACAUUACAAUUGCGCCAAAUGUAACUCUCGCGCCCAACGGCAACAGGCAGCAGCAGUUUUGAGUGCUGGCAACUGUGCUUAUGGCGAAUGCAAUGGCCACUAUUUGGCUAAGGAAGGUAUUUCUACUGCAAUCGCUAGUAGUCUCAAGUCAUCUACACACGGCUGCUGUACCCAUGCGGAUAUAUCCAGCAACGGCAGCGCUAGCAAUGCCACAGCGAUGGACAGCUCGAAUGCAUGCAUGUGCCGUAAUCGCGGUGGCGGCGUUAGGCUGAACGAUGGCCAACGGGAUCACAUGUGCCAAAAGUGCGUUGCCGACCUGGCCAAUCUAAAGACCAAGUCUAAACUAGACCAACUACGUCUAGUUAUGCAGCAGCGCAAGCAGAAGCGUGAAGCGCGCAAGCUCAAGAGCUCGCCGUACGAUGCCAAUGCAGGAAUUCUAACGGCAACUGUGGACGCAACGCCGCAAUAUAGCGCUGUUAGCGCGCUAGUGACGACGCCGCUGCCGUCAGUCAAGACCAAGCACAGCAGCAAUAGCAACAACACAACAACAGCUGCUGCGGCUGCAACCACUGCAUCGCCCAGCGAGGUCUCACCCAAUCAUAUAGUAGAGGAGGUAGAUACGGCAGCAUAAGUACAACUGCAAUGUGCACCCCUUAUAGCAUUUAUUAGUUUAAUGUUGCAGUUACACAAAAACAAUAACAAAAAAAAUAAGAAACUUUAUGUAAUUAGUAUCUAAGUUCUUUGUUUUUUCUUUUUAUUUUUAUUUGUGUAUACAAAAAAAUGGUGUGAAAUGCGGCAGUGCCACCUGUACGCCAUCCCAACUAAAAUACUUUAUGAACUGCUACUUACUACAAAUCGAUCCCGAUCCAAUUCACAUGUUCAUCCAAAGGAGAGAAAGUCGUUGAGCUGUUAAAAUAAUUUUAAGAUACUUACAUGUUUAUUAACAAUAUCGUAAUUAACAAAAUGAUCAACAUAGUUAACUAUUUAUCAGUCGGCUGAACCGCAAAACAACAUCUUCUCCGCCCCAUCCUCUAACCACUCUUCCGCUGAGAUAGCGUUCAUUAUCUUUUAUUUUUAUUAUUGUAAACUUAGUUUAGUGCAAAUUUUGAAUGUAAAAUGAGGUCUAAAAUGUGAAAUGCAAAACUAAAAGAAAAAAAAAAAAUUUAAUAAAAAUGGAAAGCAUAUUGAACGCUUCUGAGGUAAAAGCCAAAACGGCGGCAA